AUGGAUCCCUACGACAGUGACUCGAGUCUCGACGAAGACUUCACCGAGACUAGUGUGCUCCUCGGGUACGCCGCGGAGGAGGUCAUUGAAGACACAAUCAGCCAUCUGGGUGGCUGGCCGUCAUGGAUCGAUGAGAACACUCCGCCGCCGGGCGACUACGCCUACUGCAAAGUCUGCAAUAGCCCGAUGCUCCUUCUCCUCGAAUUGCACGGCGACCUGCCCGACCACUUCCCCAAUAACGAGCGCCGCCUGUACAUCUUUGGGUGCCCCAGGAAGCCAUGCAACCGCAAGCCAGGCAGUAUCCGGGCGUACCGCGCAACUCGUAAGGUCAGUCUUCCCGGCCUACCACUGCCACGGCCGCAGAAGGAGGAAAAGAAGCCCGAGAAGAAGCCCGAGCCCGUCGCACCGCCCAAGCCAAAGCAGGACCUGGGGGCGAGUUUGUUCGGCGCGGCGUCGUUGACAAGUAGCGUGUCGGCGAACUCCAAUCCCUUCUCGGUCAAUCCUGGCUCCAGCGUGGCGGGGGCCAAUCCAUUUGCGAUGCCCAAGCCGGCGACGCCAGCAGGCCCCGCAUCCCAACCUUCUUCCUCGACCUCCACAAAUGCGCUUGCUGAAACAUUCGCCGAUAAGGUCCGGAUUUCCUCGCCCAACCCCACAGCAAGCGCUUCAGGCACGGCUACGAAGCAAACGCCCGAGUCAGCCGGUGUCCAGAGGCCAUGGCCCGCACAGUCGGAUUUCCCGCCCCCAUACAAGAAUCACUACCUCGACGCCGAAUACGAAGCCAUGUCCCAGCCGUCCACGCCCACAAUUCCCGAAAACGUCACCAUGGAGCCCAUGGAGGAAGAAGGCAGCGGCGGUAACGUUGACCUCAAGGAUACUUUUGAGUCAGAGCUGGACAAGGCCUUCAUGAAGUUCUCUACACGCCUCGCGCACAACCCCGAGCAAGUCCUGCGGUAUGAGUACCGUGGCGUUCCGCUCCUCUCCUCUUACACAGAUCAGAUCGGCAAGCGUCUGCACCCGGAGCAUAGUGCUGGCCGAGUGACGACGACCGGCGGUGGGAGCAUGCCCCCGUGCGAGUAUUGUGGCGCCCAGCGGGUGUUUGAGGUGCAGCUUGUGCCCCAUGCUAUCACCAUGCUUGAAGAUGGGCGCGAGGGUGUCGGGCUCGGUGAGGGCGAUGCGGGGAUGGAGUGGGGCACUAUCAUUUUCGGUGUCUGCGGGCAGGAUUGUGCUCCGGAGAAGAUUGGGCAGCUUGGCUGGCGCGAGGAAUGGGCAGGUGUGCAGUGGGAGGAGACGAAAUAG